AUGUCGCUGGUCACAGACGGCGACACACUGGAAGACGUGCAGGAUGUAUUAACAAUCCUCGAAUCGUACACUUUUCUAGUCAACACAUGUCUCACAUUUAUCUCUAUUUUCAUCAACUCGUUCCAUCUCAUAAUCAUCACUCGGAAAUCCAUGCGAACUUCUUCAAUCAAUAUUCUCAUGAUUGGAAUUGCAGUCUGUGAUCUUUUUACCAUGUUCACUACAGUUUACAAAUAUUUUAACCUUGUGGACAGAGAGAAUCCGGAGUGUAUCACCGGAGACUCAUUGAUGAAAGUGUACAUGGACGUCACAUCUUGGUCUUCUCAAUAUCAUUUCAGACGAUGCAGUUGUUGGUUAGGUAUCUUGAUGGCGAGUGUGAGAUAUAUCAUUAUGAGAAAAAUGUCUAACGUUAGACAUACCAAAAUAGGAGAGCCAAAGAUGGGUUUUAUUUUAGCUGCUAUUGUGUUUUUUGCCAGCGGAUUACUCACUGUAACGUGGCAGUUUGAGUGCAAAGUGAUUGAAAAUCGCAACUUUUCAUUGCCUGUGAAUUGUGCGGAGCAUCAAGACAUCGAUAGUCAUCCAAAGUUUUCAAUUAUCUUAAGACCCCUUUCCAAUAUUGCAGCAGUGUUAAUAACCAGAAUUUAUUUCAUUUUGGAUGCUACAAUUUCUAAUUUUAUUCCAUGUCUCGCCUUCCCUACUCUGACAGUUCUCCUCCUCCGACAAAUCCACAAAAUAAAUGAAAGAAGAUCAGAAAUGCGAAGAACCAGUGUGACAGAAGAGAAUGAAGAGAAGCACGGUCUAACCACCAAAGUUAUCAUUUUUAUAACUAUAUCGUUCUUUAUUGCUGAAGCUCCGCUUGGAGCAAUCGCAACUCUCAAAACUUUCAUUGAACGGAGCAAUCCCUUAUUUCGUCUGCUCACCGAAUUCGUUGUUUAUUUCACUACAUUAGUAACCAUCAACUCACUUCUUCAUCCAAUUUUUUGCAUUGUGAUGUCCAGUCAGUAUCGAGAAACAAUCAAAUCAUUGUUGAGAAUCAAAAAGAAGACUAGUGUAAUGUCAGCUCAGAAAAAAGUUAGUUUUGGAUCAACUCAAGUGAUUCACAUGACAUAA